GACGAUUUAAGCGAUACAGUAUACUCUGGAUCAAUCAAGUGUUUGUGUUGAAAACCGUGAAAUGCUGAGAUUGAGGACUGAGAAUGUGAAGAAUCUAAUUUUUGCAGAUUAAAAAUCAUACACAAUGUUUGGACAAGUUGUGAUUGGUCCACCUGGAUCUGGAAAGACAACUUACUGUCUGGGCAUGUCCGAAUUCCUCACCUCCCUCGGUCGGGAGGUAGCUGUCAUCAACCUAGACCCAGCCAAUGAACACCUCCCUUACAAAUGUGCUUUGGAUAUCGCAGAUCUAGUGAAACUUGAGGAUGUGAUGGAAAUGGUAAAACUUGGACCCAAUGGUGGACUGGUGUAUUGUAUGGAGUAUCUGGAGAAAAAUAUUGACUGGCUCAAAACAGAACUUGAGAAAUUAGGUAAUAAAUACCUGUUGUUUGAUUUGCCAGGACAAGUGGAACUUUAUACUCACCAUAACUCGGUGAGAAAUGUCGUCCGUCAGCUACAGAAGUGGGACUUUAGGCUGGUGGCAGUCCAUCUUGUUGAUUCUCAUUAUUGCAGUGAUGCUUCCAAAUUUAUCUCUGUCUUGUUAACCUCUCUGUCCACCAUGUUACAGCUAGAACUGCCUCAUGUAAAUGUUUUGUCCAAGUGUGAUCUCAUAGAAACUUUUGGCAAGCUUUCUUUUAACCUGGAUUUCUACACAGAAGUGCUUGAUCUGUCCUACUUACUAGACCAGUUCAAGGAGGAUGAACAGUUCCAUAAGUACAAGAAGCUGAAUGCUGCACUGGUGGACAUUAUAGAGGAAUACAGUCUCGUCUCCUUCAUCACACUUAAUGUACAGGAGAAGGAAAGCAUGUUGCGUGUGAUGAAGGUUGUCGACAAAGCCAAUGGCUAUCUGUUUGGUGACCUUGAGGAGCGUAACCUCCAGUCACUCAUGUCCUGUGCGAUUGGGGCAGAGUUUGAAUACGAAAAGAUCAAAGACGUUCGUGAGAAAUACAUGGACAUGUCUAACGAGCCACCGGACGUAUCAGAUGAAGAAAUGGCACCGUCAUAACUUAUUUCAUGUCUUUAUCCUCGACUUAACAUUGUCUACUGAUGUAUUCAGUAUAAUUCUAUAGCUCGGACGUUAAUCGUUAUAACUGUUAAAUCGGUACGAUUUUCAGCUUUAAUGAUAAAUAUGCCUUGUAAGGUAGGGCAACUGAUAAUGAACAGUUUGUUAAUUUUAUGAUAUUUUUUAAAGGUUUUGAAGGUUUGAAAAGAUUUACCUGUACUGUCAACAGAUACAGAUGCUGAAAUGUUUGGUGUACAUUUGUAAACAACAUACAAACACUACAUUGUUAGUGUUGGAUUUUCACAAUGUGUGCGACAGAUUACUAUAGUGUGAACAUUCUAUUGAAGAAAUAAAAAUUACUUGGUA